AUGGUAUUUACAGAUGAUGACGAGGAUCAGAUUAUGUUCGAUCUGUACGAUGGGCUCGACACAUUCGCCCAGAAGAAACAUGAACGAGCUAAUGUGUCGGAUACACCUACAACACCUAAAAUCGCACAAGACACAUGUUCUAAUGAAUUGGAACAUAUUUCCGCCGGUAAAUACCAAUUCAAAGAACUCGAGGGAGAAAAUUUAAGCAGCGGUGUUGCCUGCGAGGCUACCACUCCAGAAGAUGAGGACGAUGGUUUAAUAUUCCUCGUGGAAGAUGAUGAACGCGAACCUGAGACGUUUGUUGAACGUCAUAUGAAAUGUUCUAAACCAUCAGGGAGAUCAAAACUUGGAGGGUGGGAAACCAAGUACACUAAAAAGGAUCGAAUUAUAUACAUCGGUGCACCAAGCUCAGAUUCGCAAGCUAUGGCAUCAGUGCAGCCAGUCAAAGAGUGUUUUUGCCUUGUAACUGGAAUCCCGUGGUGGAUGGAUGUGCAUGAGUUCACUCAUGCAGUGGAAGCUAUAGGAGGUGUGGUUGCUUUUUCCAAGAUUCUUAGUGAUCCAACCAGCGGUGUAUCCUUGGGAUCAGCAGUUGUCGAAUUCGUAGACUGCGGUAGUUGCUCAAGGUUCAGAAACUCGAAGAGCCGAUUCGCUAUGGCUGAAGUGUCCGAUGACAUCUUCGAACUGCUCAAAGAUUCUUCGCUCUACCGUGAAGGAGUCUUCAAUCCUGGUGUCCUUAAAAGCAUCAUGGCUCACCUGGGAAUCGUUCGUUGGAAACGUGCAACCGGCCCAUCGAGUGACCUAUGUCACGAAACAGAUUUCGAGGUGCAACAACUAGACAUGAUGCAAAAUGGUGAAUUUCAGGCGGCAUCAAAAUUUUUUCCAUGGCUAAAUCUGAACUUGCUCAAACUGAUGGGAUAUGCCAAGAGAAAAGAACAACAAAAUUCAGAAAGCACCCACCAUAUCGCAAACCAUUUAGCGGCUUAUAAACACAAAAACAAUGUGUUUCAGAACUAUUGCAACACUAUCUUGCCGAACAUGACCUUGAGUAAUUAUAUGCAGCAUGCCACCAAAGAUGUAGGUGAAACAGGAAAUUUCCCCUUCCCUUUCGUUGUAAAUCCGCUUGGCCAACAAAUGAAAAGCACUUUGUCAAUGAGGACGAAACAGAACAACCUGGUACAUGAUGAUCAGGAAACGGCCUCAAGUAACACAAAACGCUCGAAAUUGGAGUCCGGUAGGAAAGAAAAGGGGGGAGAAAAGUGGAGAGAUUGUUCUACAAGUCCAUCAAGAAGACGACCAUCACCAUUUAGAAGCUCUAAGCGGAAUAACUCGCAUCAUAGAAAGGAAAAUCGUAGACAGGACCGACGAUGA